AAGGCCGCAUUUGCUUCGCAUCCUGGGAGCUAAUAUAAGAGCGGUGUGGGCAGCCCCAUGGUGGCCACAUCGCACCGGUGGUUGGCAGAUGGAGCCACAGGCCUUGGGUGCAGUGAUGCACAGCAUUCAGUGGCGGCAUUCAUGGCAAGGUAAAAGCUUCAUGGGUUGACUUAGCUUUAUAUAAUUACACGCUGGAGUGCAUUGUGUGUAUGUGUGCGUGUGUGUGUGCCGAGACGCGGUGACAGCGAGAAGGGAACCCCUAACAACGUUGACGAUGCGAAAGGGAGGUGGAGGAAGAAUCAGCGGAUGAGAUACUGGUUGUGGAUUCGUCACGCGUAGAUUUCAUUCCUGGGUAUCUGCCGUGCCUUCCGAGCCUGUUGUGGUUGACUCUGUUGGAUUGGGUCGUAUACAAGAGUGCUUCUGGGCUGAAGAGAGAGCUUUCAGACUCUCCUCUUUCAUUUCGCUGGUGAAGCUUGUUGUGGAGGGAUUCUGUUCACAUCAUCGGACAGUGGGUUUUUUUAAUCAGGUUUUUCCUGUUGCCAUGUCGUCAGCGGAGGAAGCUUUCGUGGUAGGGUAUGCGCUCGCCGAGAAGAAGGUGACGAGCUUUUUGACACCCUCACUAAUCGAGCAUGCGAGGAGCAAGGGCGUCAACUUGGUGGCUGUGGACAUGAAGAAGCCCUUAGAGGAGCAGGGUCCUUUCGAUGCAAUCAUCCACAAGCACGGGGGCGACAGUUGGACCCAGGAGCUGGUCGAGUACAAGGAUCGCCACCCAAGUGUCAUUCUAAUCGACCCCCCCGCAUCCAUUGAGAAGCUUCUGCAUCGCGUUACCAUGCUGGAAGCUGUAGCUCACAUCAAAGUCACCGAAGGGCUGGGGACCGUCGGCAUUCCCAAGCAACUCAUUGUUGACAGUGAGGAAAUGCUCAACGACGACAAAGCAAUUGCGGAACUGACAUUCCCUGUUAUAUCCAAGCCCAUGGUCGCAGAUGGCAGUGCAACCUCACACGCCAUGUACCUUCUCUUCAACUCCAAAGGUCUCCACAAAUUGAAGCCUCCGAUGGUGCUCCAAGAAUUUAUCAACCACGGAGGGGUUAUCUUCAAAGUCUAUGUUGCUGGUAAGUACGUUCAAUGCGUUCGACGCCAUUCGCUCCCCGAUGUGCACGAAGACCAAGUAGCUAGCGCCGAGGAGCCCUUGCCUUUCGCUCAAAUCUCCAACGCGGUUUCGGGUGCGACCAUGGGCGACAAUGUGACCAAGGCGGAGCUUCCUCCUAAGGAGUUCAUCGCAGAUGUGGCGAAGGGAUUGCGGGAGAAUCUCGGACUGAACCUCUUCAACUUCGAUGUGAUCAAAGACUCCGGGGCUGGCAACCAUUACUACGUGAUAGACAUCAACUACUUCCCUGGGUAUGCUAAAAUGCCGGAUUUUGAGACCGUGCUUACUGAUUUUCUGCUUGAACUUCGGCAUGAGAAAUCCUCCACAAGUACUCCUGCUGCCGACUCCUUAGCUGACUCAAUUGCCAGCAACCUUGAUGUCUCCGUGGAAGAGGCAUAAAGGAUAAAUCCUUAAGGCCUAACGAAGAUGCGGCGUGAAGUUAGGCAUCUAGCUGACCGCAAGUUGGGACCGGUCUAUUGCCGAAUUUCAGCAAGCUGUGGAAUCGUUUAUGGUUCAUUACAGUAAUAUUGUGAAAUAAAUUCUGUCACGUAUUCAUGUAA